AGAAUUAAGAUAAUGUGUUCUAAUCUAAUUUUAAUAGCAGAAAUAAAACAAUAUUUUCUCUGUUAUUAACAUUUCUUCUCGCUUUAUUUUUCGUAUAAAUUAUAGGAAACCUUCAAUUUUUUAUUGCUAACUGUGCUAACAUUGAUAAUUAGGAUUAACUUACACGAACUUUUAUGUCCGACUGUCAAAAAGAUGCAAAAGAAUUUUUGAAAGUAAACAAAACAUUGAAUCCUCAAUAAACAAUAAAAUAUCAAAUUUUUAUAUUAAAAUGGAAGCAAUAGCAGCAUUUGAGGAAGUCAUUAUUGACAAAGAAUCGUGUAGGAUCUGUUUAUCACCGAGGAAUGCUUUUGUUCAUGUGUUUGGUCGAUUUCAUAAACAUUCUGUGGAAAAUCUGAUUUACCGGAUAUGUCAAGUGAAGUUAAGCAGAAAUAAAAGUCUUCCACAAUAUAUUUGCGAAAAUUGCUUAUCCCGAAUGCUUCUUGCUGACACUAUCAGAAAUCUAUGUGAAAAGAAUGAGAAAUUCCUGAAUGAUUUAGCAGAAAGUGAAGCACAAAUAAAAGUAGAUCGUCAGAAGACAGUAAAAGUUGAUUCAAAUAAGAAAUAUAUUAGGCAUCAAACGGAUCCAAAAUACCAGACUGAAAACGUUAAAAGUUUAAUUAAAUCUCCGAAACAAAUAACUGAAGAAGAAGAAAUUCAUUCGUCUGUAUCAAUCGCUGAUCAUAUCGAUUUGGAACCAUACUUGAAAUUGAACAAAAAAUCUAAAGAAUGCUUUCAAAAUGCAAAUAAAUUCUACUGCUCAUUUUGCUUUAAAGAUUUCAAUACACUUCCUAAGUGCAUGUAUCAUGAGAAGACAAAACAUGCGAUGGAAAAUCAUUUAAAAAGUGAAAGUACAAAACCUUUCACAUGUGAUCGUUGUGGUUUAAAUUUUAAAAAUAAAUCUCAUGUCAUGAAUCACUUGAACGUUGUCCACAUGAAGAUCAAAAGAUAUCAUUGCAAUGUUUGUGGUUUUGCAAUGUAUUCCAAAACUCAUCAUACAAAUCACAUGAAAUCUCAUAAAAAUUUACGUGAAUUCAAAUGUAAUGAAUGUUGUAAAGAAUUCAUAAGAAAGGAGAGCUUGUUGGUUCAUCAAAGAACUCACACAAAUGAAAGACCGUAUAAAUGCAAAUACUGCAAUCGAUGCUACUCGGCACAUACCGAUCUUAAGCGCCACAUUUUCUCUCACACACAAAUUCAUCCAUACAUUUGUCAGAUAUGCAACGAAGGCUUUUUUCUGAAACGAUUACUCAACGACCAUGUCAUCACUUUCCAUCCAGGAGUUGAUACCACAAACUGGCUUACUGGAAAAACGUUGCAUAAUUUUUAAACCUUGAUUUAAUCUAAAUUUUAAUUAAAUGAAACCACAAUGAUUGUGAUAAUUUGCAUAAUUUUCUUUUAUUCUCAAUUUCAAUAUUAUAAUUUGUGACAUUUACUUGACACAAUCUGCCAUUCUUUUCACCGAAACUAAUUUCAAAGAUUCAUUCGUUUACCAAUUUUUUUCUUUAUUUUUUAUUAUAUUGCCAUGUUUUUGUUUUUAUUUUUCAGUCACCAAAACAUAAAUAUUUUUAUAAAAUUAAACAAACAUUUUGUUGUGGAGUUGAAAGAUUGAAAAUAAAAACUUUUUUGAUUGUUUGAUAAAUUAUGCAAUUAAUUUGAUUUUCUUGUUGUUUUUUACUUCAAGUAUGUAUGUACGAAAUGCUAAAAUAAUACUUUGUUUAUACCUUAAACAAUGUUCUUUCUUCAUUAUUUGUAAACUCUUAUCAAUUAUUAAUAGUACUUCAGUUUCUUAUGUUACUCAUCAUCUUCCAUCGUUUAUUUUGUGGCUGGAGGUGAAAUAUUUUGUUGAGAUUUAAUUAAUUCUUACAUACAUUGAUAGUCAGAAAGAGAGGAAAACAAAUGCCAUUGAGAGAAUAUUUACUUAAAAGACAAGACAGCAGGCACUCAAAUCAAAAUGAAAUUCUUCUGACGCUACACAAUGUCAGAAAAAGUUAAAUUGAUUUAUUUUAUUUAUGUACAAAAAGAAAAAUUGUUAGAGGUUAUUUGUAAGAGGUAAAAAAAGGAAAAUCGUCAAUUUCUUAUAAAACUUUUCUAUUUCGAAAAAAAAAAUGGAAAACUUUCUUUUA